CCAAUAUGGCGGAGGUAACGACAGUUGCGAGGCUAUUGAGGGUUUCAAGCCUGAAAGCUUAGAAUUGUUGCUCGGAUCAGAUAAAUAUUCUAAUGGCUAGAGAAAAUGUUUGACCAAACUAAUUCCUCGGUACUGGAAAUCUGGUUUGCUAUCGUUAGAGGAGAUGUACCAUCAUCCAAGUAGAGCCGCCAAGACAGGACGAGUGGUUGCUAGGGAUGGUGCAAAUUUCGGCUUGCAAUACAGUUUGCAAGCUCAAGCAACUCCAGUUAUUGAAAGACCUCCUGGGAAGCAGGCAAUCCCAGAGUGGAAGCAAAACCCUCACAGUCGUGAGUCUGGAUCUUUAACAAGACCAGCAUCAAAUACAAGGAUUGACAAUGGAACAAAGUAUCGGCACACCAUGUCACCUCCCCAAGAUAUGGAACGUCCUUCAUCUAUUUUACAGUAUUCCCAUUCAAGUGUUGAUCCAGUGCAAGACACAAAACAGCAUUAUGCUACAACAUCUUUCAGAGAACUUCAUAAAGUACAGCGUCAGGUGUUGCAGCCAGCACCAGCCUAUGUUGCAGACCAUUCAACUGCCACAACAGGAGCAAUGGCCAUAAGUCAAAGUAAAGUGACCCAGGAAGGUACAUAUGAUGAUAGUCUACAAGGACGACAAACAUUAAGCGCAGGAUCACAGUCUCAAUCCAGAAAUAAAACACAAGUGUUUUUACCAGGGGACAGGGUUAUAUUUGCUGAGUCACCUUCAUUUCCUGGUGUACCUAUUGUUUACCGCCUUCCUGAGGAAAGGCAGGCAAAUCCUGACAGGCUAAACCUUGAUAGGAGGAGGUUGACUACUUGCCCAAUUCUGGAAGGUGAAGACUACCUGAGACUACUUAACUUUCAACACAAUCUAAUUAGUAGAGUCUCUCAUCUAGAAAACCUUAAGAGACUGAUCUUCUUGGAUUUCUAUGAUAAUCAGAUUGAAGAAAUUUCAGGUCUCUCUGCUCUGCGAUCACUCAGGGUACUCAUGCUGGGCAAAAACAGGAUAAGGAAUAUCAGUAAUUUGGAUUCUCUCACAAAGCUUGAUGUUUUGGAUCUGCAUGGCAACAAAAUAGUAAAGAUUGAGAAUCUUAGUCAUCUGACUGAACUGCGGGUUCUUAACUUGGCUGGAAAUGAAAUUGUUCAUGUGAGUAGUGUUAGUGGAAUGAGAGCUCUGGCUGAACUUAACUUGAGGAGGAACAAAAUCUGCACUGUGGAAGACGUAGAUUUGCUGCCAAAUCUUCAGAGAUUAUUUCUCAGUUUUAAUUGCAUCACAAGCUUUGAUGACAUUCAGUGUUUGGCAAACUCCACGUCUUUGAAUGAGUUAUCCCUGGAUGGAAAUCCCUUUGCAACUCACUCUAACUACAAGCAGAGUGUUCUCAGAAAUCUGUCAAGCUUGCGGCAGUUGGACAUGAAGAGAAUAUCAGAAGAGGAAAAGAGAAUUGCCUCAGUUAUGGCAAGAAAAGAAGAAGAGAAAAAGAAGGAAAUCAGUAAAUUAGCUGUACUGAAGGAAAAGCGUCGUAUUGCUAUCAACAAUGCACAGCGACAGUGGGAGGUAUCUCGCACCAGGGAAAUUAAGCCAGACUCUUUGCCCUCAAGGGAUAACUUAGAAAUUUUGCCUCAGACCUCUCACAAUGAGCUGCCUGAUUCCUCAGAGCCCAGAGAUGCUGUCCCCUCCCCUCUGAGUAUAUGCCACUUGGCCGAGCUGGAUAGUGACACUUUGUUCUUGUAUGGCCCAGGCUCCCUAGACGCGCUGGAUCGUCACUGGGGCAGCCAGGCCGUACAAGCUGUCAGUACGAUCUCCUUUAAAUUCAUCGAUUUUGACAACAUCGUUCCUCAGCUGUACAAGAUCAGGGCCCGUUUUCCUUCCCUGGUGGGUCUUAUUUUUACAGAAACUAACAUUACAAGUCUGCAGCAAAUCAAUUGUUUAUCUUUGUUAAGAAGACUUGAACACAUCUCCAUCAGUAUUGAGGGAAAUCCUAUAACAUCCUUCACUCUGUGGAAACCUUAUGUGUUGUUCCGUUUGGCACACUUCUCUCUCAGAAAGAUCAAUGAUAUUGAGGUGACAGCUGAAGAUAAUGUUAAUGCCGAGAAACUGUUUGGGACCUUGGCUCAUAUUACUACAUCCCAGUUGCCUCAAUCCAGGCUUCUUACCAUGCUAGGAGAUUCAAGGCGGAAGCAAGUGCUUGAUGCAGAUAAAAAGAAAACUGAAGGAAAACACGAACGGGCGCCUUCGAACGAAUCUGUCAGCCGGGCAGGACUGCAGUACUGGCCAGCUGAUUCACAGAAGACUCAUAGCCAGGAAGCAGAGGAGAGGCGCUCAUUUGCUGUGAAUUAUAUGAAAGAGAUAGCCCACACGGCCAUACUUACUGACCGAAAGAAAAAGAAACUGAAUGAGAUAUUGCCAGGGUUGUUAAGUAACAUGGUUGAAAGAGCUCUCACAGACUUAAAUUAUUUAGACAACUUUAUGAAGAACGGCUUUGAGGAAGUGAAAAGCAAGUGACGUUGAGGAAGAAAAGUGUAAGAAAAGUAAUAAUCAUCACCUUACGAGCCCUGUCUGCGGUACUAACUCUGAUAUGGCAAAAUGAGACUUUGGGAGUCUGCAACGCCCUGGACGUUCACAGCUCUGGGACUGGAGAAAGACAGAGCACAGCGGUGAAGUUUUAAAAUUAUGUCUAAAGUAACAGUCAUUCUAGCAAAAUAAAAAGAAUAUCUGCGAUUGGUUAUAAUAUGCGAGCGUCUUUUUUUUUUUUUUUCCUCCACUGGUGCAUUUCUUAGCACAACUUGCUAUUAGACGUUUUACUCGUUCACUCCACUUAUUAUUUCAGAACACUUAGCAGAUUUAUCUGAAUGUUUAAAUUUGUAUAUAAUAUAUACUUGGGAGAAAGUUUCUCACGAAUUUCCUCAAAGAAUAGCGUAUGAGAAAAUUUUGUUCGUCUAAAAGUACCACUGAGGGACUUUUUAUUCACUCUGUAUGGUGUCUGGUGAGAUAUGUGGCAGACUCUCCGAAUCCUGUGCCAGGUUUAGAGCAUUUUUGGAACCGCGUAUGGUGUGAACAUUACAACUGACAGUUAUUGAUGAGUCACAGAAUCACACGUGACAGCUUGUUCAUCUUGGAAACUUUUCGUUAUUUUUUUCAAAGUUUUACGAUUGCAUUCUGGGUGUUUUUCUCAUUCUUAGUCAACCUCGAUCCUUUUUGGAAUUUAUGUACCACGGCAAAUUAUUACUUUAAGGGUUUUUGUGACAAAAAUUCAAGCUUCUUCGAUUACAAAACGAUAGCGCAAAAAAUUGCUCUUUACUUUGUCACAAUUCAGACGACUUAAUAUUUUAAUCAAGCAAGUCAAUCUAAUGAGAUUAGCUAAGAUUACGAGACCUUUUAAAGAUAUAUCUUCCUGUGUAGGAUCUUCAAAUAUUUUAUCGAAUUACUAGUAAUAUGAUAACAUAUUUAGGAGCCAGCUUGUAACCCUGAUUAGUUUUACUAACACGUCACCGACCAAUAUUUUGAGUUUGUCACCUACUUUAAUAUUGAUAACAACGCUAAAAAUUCACUUAUGAUUUCACCCUUGAGGAACUUGUGAAAAAUUCUUGCAUUAUGUUUGUUCUGUGCAAAAGUUAACGCGGUUCAUGUAUUGCUUCAAGGAGUUGCUGGUCAGCUACUCACAUUGUCUUCAUAAUUUUUCGACACUUUCGUAAGCUAUCAAAAUAGUAAGGAGACCUUAAGAAGGAAAGAAUGAAACAUAAUUCGUCGAAAUUAGAUAACUGAUGUAGUCAACUAUAUAACAUUAAAGUUCAGAGGAUAAAAAUGACCAGCAAAAAAAUGAAAAAGAUGUCAGGAAAAUUCCGUUGAAAGGUUAUCUAGUCCAAACCAAGCCAGGAUGUAGAUUAAGAGUACUUAUCUUACUUAUCAUUGCUUAUCUAUGCCUGAGCUGCUUUCGUGCAAUCGAGAACAUCGAGAAGAUCUUCUGAUGUUGAUAAGGGUAUGUCUCGUCAACCAAAUUGAUGUAACUCAAUAAGCGCAUUUCCUAUGUGGUUAGGUCAUGCUUUUAGUAUGUGCUCUGGAUUCUUGACCUGCAUUCUCUGGAUGCAGUUCAAAUUCUGUAUUUGACAAGCUGGACUCUUGGCUGCAAAAACCAAACCUCUCGAGUUUUGAACCGUAUUCAGUGGUUUUAGAUAUGAGAUAAUUGUAAUCAAUUUUGAAGGAAAAUUGUGUCUGGUAGUACAUGGAAUAAAAAUUAAGAAACGAAA